CAUACCGAUAACGAAUUCCAAAUUUUAUCUUCACAAAAUUUCUCAAUCUCUUCUCUCUUCGUUGCACAACAUUUUCACGUAUCAAUUGCGUACGUUGGACUUCUCAAGACCAUCAAUUGUGUGCCGUUGAAAACUUUUUCAAAACUCGACCCCACCCUCGAACAAGAUGGCUCGAGAUGAUAUCGUGACCUCUGUGCGGGGUGAGAUAUCGCGUACUCUGGCUGUACCAGGGGCGAAAGAUCGUGUGGGUGCAUACGGCAUGCACAACAAGACUACGGAACAAUCUGCCAGUGCGGAUCCUGGAACUCCUGUAGCGAAGUCCAAAGGAGGACGCAAGCCCAUCUAUACUUCACUAGAGCAAAAGAAGCAACGGAAUCGUGACUCCCAAGCGGCCUUCAGGGAACGAAGAAGAGAGUACAUAACAGAACUUGAGAAGAUUGUUCAAGAGCAGAAGGAGAAAUUGCAGACCUCUGAGGCUGCUCAAAUAAGCUCAAAGGAUGAAUGUCUGAUGUUGAAAUAUAAGAACUCCUUGCUCGAAAGGAUACUGCUUGAGAAAGGUAUCGACGUGAAUGCAGAGCUGAACAGGACUCUCGAGUUCCCACCAAGACUCCCAAGCAAACGUGUGCAUAGUGAUGGAUCAUCUAUGAAGAGAAAACAUAGCGGCCUUGAUGCGCAACACAAGUCACACAGAAUGGGAUCUCACUCUCGUUGCUGCUGUCAUACCACUGAAUCCUAUGCUGGACCAAACAUGGACUUUCAUCCCGUCCAAGCACCAAGCCAGUCUUUUGCCAGCAGACACUCAAGACACUACUCUCCAAGCACAGCACGUGUCCACAAGCACGCGAGGAUCAACCCUCAAUUCUCUACACAUCACCAAAGCUUCCCUCAUCUCCAAGGCAAGCUUUCUCUCGCACCCGAUACGCGCGCCACUGCAUCAACAGCCGGCACCCACCAACCUAGCCUCGAAUUCAGUGGCCUCUUCUCCCCCAUCUCAGCCUCCAUCUCUCCACUCGGCAAGCUACCCCUUCCCCCUCCCCACUCGUUCAUGUCCGUAGAACUCUGUUCGUCCUAGACUUAACUCGUUCGUACAGAUGCCUCGUCCUCCUCCCCCUCCCACAGCGCCUCUUCUCCCCCCGAACUCCUGGUCCCCGACCACGACCACGUCAAGGCGUUGGACUUUGAUUUCCAUUUUGAUGAUGCCUCGUAUGAAGAAGUACUUGGGCAGAAGACCAUCGGCGCCGGCGGCUUUGAUAUGGAUUUGGAGUUUUUGUCUUCGCUUCAUGCUUGAUUGCGGUAAAGCUUGAUUGCGGUUUAGGGGUUGACGAAUCUUCUUUGUGAUAUUUUAUUGAGACCAUGACGAAUUCCGUAAGUUCUAUAUACACAGGUGGAGUGGACAAUGGGGGAGUUGUAUAUACAAAAUUUGUUUAGAUGAUGAUGCGUGUGUAGUAGAGUAGAUGUGGCGUGUAGCUUGCUUGGUUAGGUUUCAGAAUAGUACAUUUCGUUGUCUUGACUGGG